GCUUCAAUGUUAUUACAAUAUUACAAUUCCAGGCUGCCAUAGGACAAAAAUAAAACUAACACCAUUGGGGUGUGCACCAUAUUUACAUUGAAUUCCAAGGUGAAGUUUUCUCACAAAAAGUUAUAUCAAAUCAAAUAAAUUGCUGUAGAAUUUUGUGGAGUGCAGGCGGUGUCGGAUCAUGCAGAAGACAUUUACGGAGGUCAGGGUGUUGGAGUGUGGGCAGGCUUAGCGAUGGGCAGGUCCAGGCGCGCUCAACGAUGAAAAACAACGGGGAUAUAUACCAACGGCCACGGUAGAGGCAGACAUAGCGGAAUCACCAAGCACUGUAAACAUUAGCGUUGCAUUUUAAUUCCUGCAGAUAGUGUUACUUGGGUUUUAAUUCCUACGACAGAGGGUGUGACGCGCACCCACAAAGGACAAGGCGCGGAAAAUGCACUGAGCUCUCCCCACCCCACGUCCUGUGACACCCCCUUGUAAGCAGUAAAAGAUGAGCACCACGCCCACCCCUAAGGGCACGCCUGUGCAGCAGAGCUCCAGCGAUGGGGGCCCUAGUGAUGGGGUCCUCGAGGCUCUUGUGUCUCCACAGCACUCUACACCUGGCUCCUCCGGGCCCCAACACAAGAAACGCGUCUCCAGCCUCCUACAGAGCCCGUCGUUCCGUGAGGAGCUGGAUGUUCUGAUCCAGGAACAGAUGAAGAAGGGAGGCAGCAGCUCCAACCUCUGGGCUCUGAGGCAGCUAGCUGAUUACAUGGCCUCUCAUGGCUCACCUGCCGCCCUGUCCGCCUCCCCCUCCAGUACAGGCAUGAUGAUGGUGACGCCCAUCAACGACCUGCAUGGCUUGGAGCCCAGCGGCAUGGUGAAGGGAGAGAGGCUGAUGCGUUGUAAACUGGCCAGUGUCCACCGCCUUCUGGACCUUUACGGCUGGGCCCAGCUCAGCCACACCUGCCUCACCCUGCGUGUCAGUAAGGAACAGGAGCACUUCCUGGUUCUGCCCAAUGGCCUGGCCUAUGGUGAGGUCACUGCCUCUAGCCUGGCGAAGGUGAAUAUCCUUGGGGAGGUGGUGGAGAGGGGCAGCACCACCCUGGGGGUAGACCUGGAUUCCUUCAGCCUCCACUCAGCCAUCUAUUCUACCCGGCCAGACGUACGCUGUCUGGUGCAUCUCCACACCCCCGCCACUGCCGCUGUGUCCGCCAUGAAGUGUGGCCUGCUGCCACUGUCCCAUGAGGCUCUGCUGGUGGGUGAGGUGGCGUCAUACGACUACAAUGGGCUGAUGGAGAACGAGGAGGACCGGGUGGAGCUUCAGAAGAGUCUCGGGCCCACCUGCAAGGUGCUGUUGCUUCGAAACCAUGGCAUCGUGGCCCUGGGGGAGUCAGUGGAGGAGGCUUUCUACACCAUCUACCACAUACAGGCUGCCUGUCAGAUUCAGGUGUCAGCAUUGUGCAGUGCUGGAGGAGAGCAGAACCUGAUCAUGCUGGACCGCUCCACCCACAAACCCAACGCUGCAGGCACCGUGGGCUGGGCUGGAUCCACCUUCGGCCCCCUGACCAAGAGUCGACUCGGGGAGCACGAGUUUGAGGCUCUCAUGAGGACUCUGGACAACCUGGGUUACCGUACCGGCUACGCCUACCGCUUCCCCGUGCUGCUGGAGCGCGCUCGGACACGGAGGGAGGUGGAGGUCCCUGCCACAGUCCACUCCUUCCAGUUUGAGGAGGAGGGAGUGCACCCGUUACCCCGCCAGCACCCCUACGCCCAGCGGCAGCAACUGGAGAAGACCCGCUGGCUCAACACCCCCAACUCCUACCUGAGGGUGAACCAAGACCAAGCCAGCCCCGGACACCAGCGCACCACAUGGCUGAAGACAGAGGAGAUGCAACAAGGAGCCAUCAAGAUGGAGAACUCAAAUCAGUUUGUUCCUCUUUUUACCAACCCUCAAGAGGUGCUGGAAACACGAAAUAAGAUCCGGCAGCAGAACCGUCAGGACAUGAAGACAGCAGGACCCCAGUCCCAAGUACUAGCCGGUGUCAUAACGGACAGUAGUCCACUGGUCCAGAAAAAACUGCAUGUUGCUGUAAAAAAGAGUGUGCUCUCAGUCAACAAAAGCAUCAAAGUAAAGUCUCCAGACCCGGCAGAACUUGCGAUACUUGAGGCGGAGACCCCCAACCCGUUUAACCAGCUGACAGACAAUGAGCUGGAGGAGUACCGCAAGGAGGUGCAGAGGAAAGCAGGAGGUCAAACAGAUGCUCUAUGCGCUGUUCUCCUGUGUCUGUCUGUCGUUCUGUGCGUCAGUAGGGGAGGAGGUGGAGAACGAGAAGGAGUCUCUCCCAGCUACCCCCCCCACCAACAACCCUACCCCCUGCAAUCCCCCACCCUCAGGGCACCCCUCUGGUACUGAGAUCUUGUCUCAAUAGUAAGUAAGUACUGAGAAACAAACUGUAAGACAUGGUUGCACUCUCAUUAACCAAGCAUGUUUUGUUGGGCACAACUGCAAUGACAUGACAUGUCUGCAGUGAAGGGUAGAGUGGGGUAAGUUGAGCCAAAAGGGUCAGUUGAGCCACCCUUUUUUCUCUGAAACCAUACCCCCAAAAAUAAUUUGAACAAAUAUUUAGAAAGAGGUCAUCAUUUCAUGGAGUCUGUGAAGGAAGAAACCACAUGGAAAAAGUGGUAAGCAAGUCUAAUUCAUUUGUUGUGUCAGAAGUUCCAUGAUGCUUGCAUCUAAACCAAAGUAGAUCCUUUUAAGAUUGUUAUACAUCAGUUGGGGUCUCUAUAAGCUUCAAUAUGAGGUCUUAAACAUGUCCGAGCAUGAAAGUGCAUCCUUGUAGAUGUGUGGGCUAAUAUAUUCAAAAUGUUUCCCUUGGGUUUAGUUGAGCCAGUGGGCAUGGGGUAAGUUAAUAGCAAGUUGAGCAAAUGUAAGUGUUUUCUUCCCAGGCGUAAUGCAAGGCAUUAUCGCUGGGAUAUGAGGUAACAACAGGGCCUGGCCUAUUUAAAAGUGUUUUUAAAAAGCACAAAGUGUUUAUUAGGUGUUAAGCCUGUGUUAAAAUAUGCUGAAAAUGACUUAAAGACAAAAAGGGAUUGUGUUGAAUUGGGGGAAAUAAAGACAGAGUUUUAAAAAGGUAGCGGUAAUAUUUAAAUUAGGGCAGAAGGUGGCUUAACGUACCCUGUCCUGCGGCUCAACUUACCCCAUACCCGUAUCACUUUUUGGGGGGGCAAGCUAGGUUUUUACAUGAAUUCUGCUUAUUCCCAGGGAUACACAACAUCCUGAAAUAUAUGUAGGAAGGAUGUUUUUUUGCAUGCUCUACAGACGGCUAUAUCGAUGGUGGGGGUUGUAUAUUUUCUGUGUACUUCCCGCAUACUAUGGACUUACUCCACUCUCCCCUACUGUUCCAUGCAGCUAACACAAAAACAAUCUAUUUACUCUGAUAGUUUUUUUCCUUUGCUUUGUUUUACUCCAAUAAUAAAUGAGCAAGAUGAGACAAAGAAAGACUCCACAGCAGUUCAGAACGGGAAAGGAGAGGAGGAGAAGCAGACCACGGAGGAGCUGGAGAAAGGGAUGAAGGCUUUGUCUACCAAUGACACUUCUACACCCCCCUCCACCACCCCUGCUGCCCCA